CCGGGCACAGCCGCCGGGUCGCGGUCCCCGCGGUCCAGCGAGGCCCGGGCGGCGCUCGGAACUCUCCCGGGGACGCGCCCCGCCCGCCGCGCCGCGGAGCCGCACCCCGCCCGCACCGCCCGCACCGCCCGCGCCGCUCGGAAAGCCCCCGCGGCUCCUCCCACCCGAGGGGCUUUUCUCGUCUCCAGUGACUUUUCUCCUUGAGCGCAGCCGCCUGGCGCUCGUUUCCGCCGGGCUGGAGCGCGCGGGCCACUGCUUUUCUGGGAACGCACGGGGCCAGGAGCGGUGACCUCGGCACGCGUCCCCCGUCCGCGUUUUCCGGCCCGCGCGGGGACCCCCGGCCCGCGCCCCGGCCGCCAGCAUGGUGCUGCUGGCCGGGCCCGGGCCGGAGGGCGGCGGGGCGCGCUGCAUGUCCCCGCAGCAGGCGACCGCACCCCGGGGCGCGGAGGCCGGGGACGACCCCGCUGAGUACGAGGAGUACGAGGACUUCUCGAGCCUGGCCGACACCCGCAGCAUCGCCUCGGACGACUCCUUCUACCCUCCCGAAGGCGAGGAGGAGUGCAGCGCGGUGAGCGCGGACAGCGUCCCGGAGGGCGUCCCGGAGGCGGCCACCUUCCUGCGCGCCGCCUGCGCCAACGACGUGGGGCUGCUGCAGGCGCUGGUGCGGCGCGGCCCGCGCGUCGAGGAGGUGCAGGAGACCGACCGCAACGGCCGGACCGGCCUUAUUGUCGCCUGCUACCACGGCUUUGUGGACACUGUGGUGGCCUUGGCAGAGUGCCCCCACGUUGACGUCAACUGGCAGGACAACGAGGGGAACACGGCUCUGAUCACAGCGGCGCAGGCAGGGCACGUCACCAUCACCAACUACCUGCUGAACUACUUCCCGGGUCUUGACCUCGAGAGGAGGAACGUGUUCGGCCUCACCGCCCUGAUGAAAGCGGCCAUGCAGGGCCGCACGGAGUGCAUCAGAGCCCUGAUGCUGGCAGGGGCAGAUGUACAUGCGAGGGACACCCGGCGCGGGAUGUCGCCCCAGGAGUGGGCCGCCUACACAGGCCGGGUGGAGGCGGUCCGGCUCAUGCAGAGGCUGCUGGAGCGACCCUGCCCCGAACAGUUUGGGGAGAAGUACAGGCCGGAGCUGCCGCUGCCCCCUGAGGCGGUUCUGAAGCCCGCAGCCUCCAAAAACUGCCUGCAGAGGCUCGCGGAGUUUGUGCGGUCGGUGCUGCGCUCGCGCUCCAGCCGCGGCCUGGAGGACGGGGGCGUCCUGGACCACAUGGUCAGGAUGACCACGAGCCUUUAUAGUCCCGCUGUGGCCGUCGUCUGCCAAACCGUGUGCCCCGAGGACCCUCCCUGUGUGGGAAAAAGGCGGCUGGCGGUGCAGGAAAUCCUGGCACUCAGGGGGGACCAGGACACCCUUGCUCAAGAGAGGGACGAGGUGGAAAGCGCUGAACAGCAAUUUCGGACUUCUGAGAUCUCGGGGAGCUCCAACGAGGAGGCUCCAAGAGUCAGUACCCCCUCUCUCUACCUGCCAGGGGCCCAGGGCUCAGCCUCUGCCCGGAGGAAGGCCAGCCUCCUGCCCCUGCAACUCCUGCGCCGGAGCAGUGUGCGGCCGGGUGUCGUGGUCCCCAGGGUCCGCAUCAGCAAGGCGCCGGCGCCCACCUUCCAGCCGGAGCGGAUAACCCGCAAGGGCAGCACCAAGGACAGCACCCACCUGCAGAUCCCCAAGUGGCGGUACAAGGAGGCCAAGGAAGAAAAGAGGAAGGCCGAAGAGGCCGAGAGGAAACGCCAGGCAGAAGCGCAGAAGGAAAAGCGGGCGCCGCGCUGGAGGAAAAGGACGUGAAGGGUCCGCGGAGCGAAGGCCUGUGUCGCACUGGGAGCUGCGGGACUCGGUGCAGAGCCCCAGCGGGGAGGCGGGCGGGGUCGCGCAGGCCGCGGAGGCACGAAGGGGAGGCGACCGGGCGGCGGUUCGCUCAUCCUGCGCUGCGCAGCCUCCCCUAACCGCCUCCCGGAACCCAGAAGGGGUCAAGCUGUUCCCAAGAAGGAACUGGGAACGGCACAAAUUGAUUUGCCUACACCGGUUCCCCUAGCAGUCAAUGCACCUAGCGGGCAGUUUACCUAAAUGUCUCCCUUUAGAGAACCCCAAUUAAGAAUUUUAAAAAACCAAUUUAUCAAAGGGCGUUUUUUGCAUAAUUUUGUAUUUUUCAUCAUCUUUAUUUACCAAUCUGCAGCAUUUUACAGUUGAUGGGGCUCUUUGUAUUUAGGGCAGUUUUAAUACACUUAUCUGAAGGCCCUUAAAACAGUUUAAAAUAGUUUCUAGCAAUAAAUAUUCGUGAUAGCUGUAUGAAUUCACACAGAAUUCACAGGGUUCUCCCUCUUUGCCAUUGGUUUCGGCUUUUGCCUUGCCGUCUCAUUGUGGGUGCACAUUUGCACUAGAUUUUCCUUUUAAUUUGAUUAAUUGAUGCUGAAUAUUUGGAGUUUUUUGAUAGAGGCAUUAAUUUUUACAGCAAAAUGAUCAAGUGAAACAGUUCAGAUUUCAGUGUGUCUUCUUUUAAAACUCUGGAGUCCAUACAGUAAUAAUAAUGAAAACCAUUGUCAAAUUAUUAUGAAAUAAUGCAUAAAUAAGCACGCAUUUCUUGCUGGACUCAUUUUAAACAGGGGCUUUGGAUAAACUGGAUAGGAAAUUUUUAACUAGAUAUAAGAAAAAUUCUUUUUAAGAAGUGGGGUAAGUUUAAUAAAUGAUUACUAGAAAUACAAAAUUAAGCUAUAUGUGCCCUUAGAUAAGUCAAAUCUUUAUAUCCUUAAAAUGUAAAAAUGAUGCAAGAAGGAUUCAGAUCCCCGAGGGCGAAACUGCUGAUGGAGGCUGAGAGCGAUUUUUAGAACCUGGUGGUUAGAACUGAGCGUUAAGCAAGCUGGCUUUAGGCAAAUUUCUAGGAGUAUUCGGCACUUCCGGGCAGCCCUCUUCCAGGCUCAAGUGGAGUUUACUUUGAUAUUUCCCUUGGUGAUUGUCCCUGAUGUCCAGUUCAUCCUCAAGCCAGCUUUAUAAAAUGUCCAGGCUGCAGAGACUUUGGCAGGACACAGAUGCGAUUUGCCUGGGCCCUAAGCUCUCGGUGGAGUUUUCUGCUUAUGCUUUUAUCUCCAAAGCACUGAGAAAUUCUUACUGGAUCUUAGAAUAUCUGUCACAUAUGCACUUUAUUUAAAUAUUAAUUUAAAUACCGGGAGCCAUGGAUUUACACUAUGGCAGACUGUUCGGAAGCUCUUUCCUGUAACCCUGGGUAGGAACUGACAGCCCUUUGACCAGGCAGGCAGGGAGGGGUGCGGGUUCUCCUUGCUGCUUCCCACCCGCACCUUCAGCUGUUGACCAAUCAGGGAUCUCACACUGGCCUUUUCUGCUCGACGGGUCAUAAGGCUGCACCCAGGCCAAUGGGGAGACUGGUGAGAUAAAAAUACUGUGUUUCAAAACCUGACUUUAGCAUAUUUCUCCUUAAUCCCAGAAAGGCAUCUUGAAAGGUAAAUGCCACAGAAUUCUGGACCCCCUUUCAGAACAGCUGCUAUUAGUGGGUUGUGGAUCACCUCUGUGGCUCAGACGUUGGAUUUGGCCACGUUUCCUUGGAGACGAGGGCUGUAAAGGACCUCAGUUAUCUUUGGAAGUUGUCUUUUCUGUGUCCCUGGCAUUGUGGCAUCUUCCCUUCCUGCCUGUAUAUGGAAUCCACAGCUUCACCUAGCUUGCCACGGCCCCUCCCUCAUCAGCCAAAGGUCCAGCCACAGUGCCAAAUGGUUUCGAAACCAUGGUUUCCAAUGCCGGCUGCCCUGAGGACCACCCAGCAGCUUGUCAACAUUUCCUGCCCCACCCCUGCUCAGAGGCUGUCACUGUGUUGGUCUGGGGGAGCUGAACCUGUUCUGAGUUCCCAGGAGAGUACCCUGCAGCCUGUGUUGAGAACUGUAGCUUCUCCUCUCGCUGACUUGGAGGUUGCUUCUCCAGGACCCCCCCCCACCCCCGAGCUCCCUCAAAAGGCUUCAACUGUGUAAGAAUGUCUAUGUGUCAUUGGAACAGCCAGUGUUAGGCAGCUCCUGCUCCAGAUGAUUCAGCAUCUGGCCACCAGCGGUUUGCCAAACAAUCCUGCCUGCUGGGGACAUGUACGCUGGUAUGGUGUGGAGCCCCACCCUGUCAAGCAUGGCUCUCCGCUGCUACCGGGUCAGAAGUGCACCUUCCUGGUCCCACCCAACCCUCUACCUCACCGCAGCCCUUUUUCAGAGUCUCCAGUGAUGGGUGCGCGGUCAACAGUGUGACAGGUGAUUUCUUCAGUGUCUGAGUGGUCUGACAUAUAUGGCCCCGGGCCUCUCCUCCUGUUCGUUCCAGCCUUGUCCAGCUGCACAGGACACACCUGGCCCGCAGGGGUUUGGCCCACAGUACUGCUCUGGAGUAUCUCCAGAGCUCUGGAGAUACCUGCGUUUAGAAAGGCUACUAAGCCAGCAAGCCCGGGGCGCCCGGUGGUGUCUUUGGCAGACUUGAAGGUGAGCACCCCACUUUCCCGGUUCUGUGGGUGCGGCCAUUACCUGGCGGGCCUUGUGAAAUGAGGAGAGGGACGUGUGUGUGGGAGGGCCCUGGCAGGCUGGAGGGCAGCUGUGGCAUAGGCCCUGGACAGGAGGACUCAGCUGUGAAACCUGAAGGACCCAAGUGCAGGAAGCAUCGGUUCUGCGUGGUGCAAACUCCCCCGUCCCUCUCUCCAGAAUCAAGUCACUUCCGGGCCCCUUGGGGAAGUCCUCCUUGAUGGAGUCCAGGUGGCUUCUGGACCACUGGCCAGCACUUCUCGCUCUGGCAGUGUGGAAACAUUUGUUCACUUUCCUUCAUGGACAAUGUCGUUUUGCCCUUGUUUUCUCAGUCUCUGGAAUGGACUGCAGGACAGCAGAUGGACACUGUGCCCGACUCGGGGGGUGGGGGCAGUGCAGGAGGUCAGGAAGCGACGUCCGGGUGCUUCUCAGCCUUGGACUCAUUCCUCUUCCAAGCUGGGGGUCUGCGGGAGCACCAGGGCAGAUAUCCUCAAGUGGACCCUCCCGGGAGCCCAUGCUUGUCACUUGAUAGUGUCGCGUCCAGGAAGGUGGGGGAGGCAGUGGGGGCAGCUGGGCUUGUGAUCAGCCCCUCACGGAGAGGUGGACGGGCUGGCUCACCUUGAGGCUUGAGGGGCGCGGUGAGCCAGUGUGUUCUUAGGCAACGUUAUUAACGCCCUAUCAGGUCAGGACCUCUGAGUCCCCAAGGCUGCGUGAGCGCAGGCCCGACCUGCUCCUGCGCUGGGGCUCAGCAUCUCAGCACCCCUCCCCACCCCACCUUCAGGAAUGGUGGCUCGUCUACCCUCCUGACACGGGACAGCACAGAGGGCACGGCUCGGGGCCUCUGCUGGCACCCAGGAUGUUUGUUAACUGUACAUAGCAAAUUUCCAGUUGACAGGUACCUUCUCAGGGAUUUAUAUAUAAAUAUAGUUAGGGGAAAGUCAGAGUAUAUUUUAAUAUUCUUUAGAGCUUGAGUAAAUGAUGAUUAAACUGGACAGGAGAAAUAUUUCCAAGACAUUAUUAAUGCUGCUGAUUUGAAAGCGAGGUUCCUGGAACUCACCCCAGGCAGAGAUUUCCUUGGUUGUUGGAGGCUGGGGGACUCUGGCAGGGGACAUGGCUGCGGGUGGACGUGAAGUUGCUUCUGUGCGUAGAGGUGGCUAUUUGACGGCACAGAUGGCCCUUCGUCGCCUUCGCCUCCAGAGCCGGUUCCUCCGUUGUGAUGCUGGAGGAUACAGAGUGACAAGGACUUGGCUAUUCUACUUGCUGUGUCCUUCAAGUGUCCCCGUCAGCCCAGCACCAACCCCCAGGCUACCCCAGCAGACUCCCUGCCGCACCAGAUACUCAGAAGGUGAAGGACCACAGUGGCAUUGCACCUCCACUGCGGGCGCGCCUGUCAUUCCGAGGCUCAGGAGAGUCGGUGACGUGGGCUGGAAAAUGGAAUUCGUGAUGCCUCUGCCCAUUUCUUCCCAGCUGUCAGCAGAAACCAGGUCUCUGGGGAAGAGGCUGCUGUGGGUGAGACGGAGGCCCGGGACGGGGCCAGGCCUCAGGCCUGAAGUGGAGCGGAACCUGCCCUCUCAGACAGCUGGGAAGCAGAGGACGCCCGAGCUCCAUGAAGAAAGGCCUCCUGGAGAGCCAGAGAAUGCGCGGGCAGCAAGGAGAGGGAGGCCUGCCUGCACGCACCGUGUCCACUACUAAAGCCAGAAGACCCUUUCUCUAUAAUUUGCCUUGACCCGAGUUUGCUUUGGGGAGCGGGCUACACCCUGAUGCAGGUCUCCCGUGUCCCCUCCCCGGGGCACCUGCAGGUCACGCUGCUCCUCUGUUAACACUACAGCUAUUUCUCACCCGGGUGGGAGUGGCCAGCCCCCACUGGAAGCUGCCAGCGCAGUUGGGCUGUUGUGUGAUGAAGUGCUUUUUCUUUACAGUAUUUGGGAAGGUCUCACAUGUCACCCACGUUUGCUCGGGGUUCUGUCCCUCCACAGGAGUAACUGUGGAUUCUGAACCCUGCUGCCCAGUUCUUGGUUUCCUGCCCACCAGGAGCAUGAGACCCCCUUUGAGCCAGGCAACCACCUGGAGGGACUCUGUCUUCUAGGGAAAGAAAGGGUGGGACAUUGGUCCUGCAAGUUUCUUAGACACCAAAGUAUUAUUCGUGAUAGAUCCUCAUGAAGCAACCCAGUCACGGUUACUGAGACACCUGGAACCUUCACAGUGGGAUGAGGCUAGUCACAAAGAACUCACAACAAACCCAGUUCUUCCUGAAACGCUGAUUGCUCAAGUCCCCGGCUGGGAUGCAUUUAGAACUUGUUUUAUGCACCUGAAUAAUAACUCUUGAGUCAGCUAGUCAUUUCUGUGCCCUUGAAUUCACAUUUCUUCAUUAAGAUUUUAAAUAAGGGACUAAAAAAAUGCCUCUGAAUAUUUGUUUUUUUAAUUUAAAGGAAUGGGAGGGGGAAAAAGACCAACAAAACCAAAUCACUACCUGCACUGAUGUGACGAUUUUCAAGGGCCAUGGAAUGCCUGUGCUGCACUCAGUUCCAUCACUCUGACCCAGCCUGCAGCCGGACUUCUGUGCGAAGCGUAGCUCCGUGGUGCUCCCAGGAGCAGUGUGUAAUCAGGUGACCUCGUGCAGGAGCCACCAGGUGCACACAGAUGACCUCAGGGAGGCCAGACUGCCUGGAAAGGUGACAGUGGCUUUCCAGUGGCUCUCCGAGUGUCUGAUGUGACCCACUUGGUCAGAAGAAUCACAAGCCUGAGGAUACCCUGUCCAGUGACACGUGCCAUAGCCCAGAUGACCCAGGGAGUUCAAACGGCCGCUGUGGCUGGGUCUUCAGCCUCCGCGCCUUAAUCGAGGCACAUUAACACCGUUUAGAAGUUCUGGAAGCUGGCUUAGGGCCACACAGUGUGGCCGCACUCGAUGGAGGCCAAGUGCAUGACAUCACCCUCCCAGAAAUGAGUCUUCGUGGAUCCAGACUCAGUUUGAAUCAGAUGCUUCCCUCAAAUGAAGUGUUAGAGCUAAUCUUACUGGGAUUCUCUUUGUUCAGAUGCUAGAUGGCAUUUACUGGAUGUCCCAGGACCUGUGUUUUUAACAGUGGUGGCUUUGUGAUGGGUUAGGAAUGGACAGACUUCUGCACAGGGUGCUGGGUUUCAGGUUUUGUCGUUUUGGCAUAAACGGGUAUUAGGACCUGUUUUCUGAAUGUAAAGCUAUUUUGUUUAUCAUUUCUAUAAACCCAGACUUUCUGGAUGCUGUGAAGCUGUUGAAUAUGGAUAUUAUUGUAUACAUCUCAGAGUGUUUUAUUUUGAGGUGAGAGUUUUGUUACAGUUUAUAAGAGAUAUUUUCCUAUUUAGACCUCAGGGCUAUCUUGAGACCUACGGAUAAAUGUGACCCCUCCCCCUCCCCAGCAGCUUCAAUUCUUGAUAUUCUAAAGGUUCAUGAUUUUUAAGUUAAAUGUGAUAUUAUUCAGCAGAAAGAAUGUUUUUUUUCCUUUUUAACUUAUGAAAAAUUCUAUUGAAUAUUUUAAGUCUAGAAAAAAAUGUGGUAAUGUAAAAACAUGGGAAAUUGUGGCAAAAGAAUUAAAAACCACGUGCAAAAUAAAUGUAUUCUCCUGAUACCAAACUGUGAUCUUUGAAUAAACUUGUGUGUAUAAAUUAGAAAAGAUACAACGAAGCAUACGGUAUUUUUCAUGUGACAUUUUAAUUGAAUCAGAUUUGCAUUUUCUUAUUUCCACACUCUCACUUAAUUUUUCCAGGGUAAGGGUUUAAACUGUGUGAGUCCCCAUGAGUACUUUCCCAUACGGUGAAGUGAGGGAGAACUGAGAUGGUACUUUCUCAAAAGCACGCGCAGAGGGGAGUGCUCCCUCAGAGCGUGGCCUUGGGUUUACGAACACGCACACAGAAGCAAAAUGGAUUUGCUCUGUGCAUAUUCUUUUGCAUAAUGGUAUACUGUUUGUGUUGUCCUUCAGUUUCUUUUUGCUUAAAAUAUGCCCU